UUCAUCAACUGUGGGAGGAGCUGCUUCAAUUCUUUUCAGAAAGCAGCAGAAGCACAAGGUUGAGAUCAUUCACAAAGGCAGCUACAAUUUGAGUGAACAUCAAAGGCCUGAAGUUUUUGCUAUACAGGGCACUGAAGCAACAGCUAUCAUGGUUGAGCAUGGUACAGCCCCUCCCAAUGGUACAGUCACCUGGAAACCUGAGCUGAAUGCAACGAACAGCUCCUGUCCUUGGCCAGAAGAGUGGCUGUGGUUGCUUCAUAUCCAGCCUGCCUUUCUCUGGCUUCUUGCUAUAGUGGGAGUGCUGGAGAAUGUAUUUGUUCUCAGUGUUUGGUGCUUCCAUAAGAGCCGCUGCACUGUGGCUGAAAUUUACCUGGCAAAUUUAGCGGCAGCUGACCUUCUGUUGCUCUGUGGCUUGCCCUUCUGGGCUAUCAACAUAACCAACAACUUCGCUUGGCCAUUUGGGCUCACCCUUUGCAAAACUGUCAACACAAUCCUUUAUAUGAACUUAUAUUCAGGCAUUUAUUUUGCAGUAAUGGUGAGUAUUGAUCGCUACUUGGCCUUGGUGAAGACAAUGUCUCUGGGACUCAUGCGCCAGCCAAUGUGCGCCAAAUGGAAUUGCCUCGUGAUUUGGGUUUCUGCCCUUUUCCUUUGCACUCCUGCUCUGGUAUUCAGGUCAUUAAAGUAUGUGAAUGACUAUAAGGUCAUAGCCUGCAUUUUGGAUUAUCCAUCUCCUCAGUGGUUGGUUAUCACAGUCACUUUGCUGAACACAGUGGGCUUUCUGAUGCCAGUCUGUAUCAUUACCUACUGUACUGUUCGAAUUAUCCAAGCUUUACGAAACCAUAACAUUCAAAAGAUCAAAGCCAUUCAAACUGAGAAAAAAGCCACCAUACUGGUUCUUGCAGUCCUUCUUCUGUUUAUUAUCUGUUGGCUUCCAUUCCAGAUCACAUCAUUCCUAGAUAUGUUACAUAGAGUACAUAUCAUUUCGGGUUGUGGUGCAGAACAAACCAUUUAUGUGGCUAGCCAGAUUGCUGUCUAUUGCAGUUUCAGCAAUAGUUGUCUUAAUCCGAUAGUCUAUGUCAUCGUAGGCAAACAAUUCCGAACGAAAUUCAAGGAUGUCUACUUUGGCAGAUUUCUUCAAAGACCUAAUUCAGCACCAUCUGUCCAACUCAGCACAGUAACAACCACGGAAACUCUCUGAACUUCCUUUUCAGUAGAAAAUCAAAGGAAAAAAUCUGCUGUUAGAUAAUCACAAAAGCAUAAUUUGCUUGUUUCAUGAGGAAAGACAAGGAUUAAAUAAAAUCGUGGUUUUACAUGGAGCCUUAUUUUCAAUGAUAAGGACUAAUUCAUUGCUGAUUAAACUUUAUGGAAGCUGACAUUGGUUUGCAUAGGACACCAGCUCCAGCCAACUAAUGGGGCUCAGUUAUGUUUGUAUGUGUUUGCUUGUAUAUGUGUGUAUAUCAAAUAUCUGCAUCAUGAAGUUCCUCUUCAGAAGAGAUCUUUCAUCUUUCUGCAAAGAAAAAUCAUGUAUGUCUGCUACAGUAUUUUAAUAGGAUUUCCAGAGAUGUCCAGCUACUUGGGAAAUCUCCUGAUGCACUCCUGUGUUAUUUGCUCUGGAAUCCUUCCUCUUCUGCCAUGGGGCACAACCUAGACACUCUAUGGGUUCUUUUUUGCUUGAACAUAAGAGUUGGCAUAAAUCCUAUUCAGAUUUCACAGUGAAUACACAAAAAGGAGAAGAUGACUGUUACACUGCUAUGACUUCCAUGCAAAAAGCUUAACAUCUUCAAAUCACAAUAUGUUUUGUCUCAGCUGUAAGCAUUUACUUUCCUGCCAGAUAAGUCUAAUCAGUUGUGCAACUGUUUACCUAUAUGGCCCUUUUGACAAAAUCUGGUACUCAGGAUGCACCCCUCCCCUGAUGACUACCUCAGACCAAUACGUUCAGCUCUCCUUUCUUUAUUGGGAGCUAGGGCUACAGUGUACUCCUAGAGUUGCUUCAGUAAUUCAGUUGUCUAACAAACUGAUUAACCUCUAUCUGCUCUAACUAUAGAAGCUAAUGGCACCAGUAGCUAAUGGGAAUGGAGGGUAGCAGGGGGAGAUAGUUGGGGGUCAUAGGGAAGGGUCUGGAAGUACUGUCACUAUUGUUUCACGACAUCAGCCAACAGAACUCUUCUUAUUGGUAGGACUAGCCCUGAAUGUAGCAGGUGUGUGAAUUGAGAAGCACCAUAUUAGCACUUUUUUUUCCUCAGCGAAUCACUAGCAGCUAGAGAAGAGUCUAAAAGCAGAGAUUCUUUUAGCCUGAGUCCUAUCUCAUUGGUAACAGAAGUAUAAUCAGUUGCUCUGCCUUACAGCAGGGUGAGUGGAAGGUAGAGCAGGAUACCAUAAUUUACCAGAGACUAACUAAGGCUUUCAGCUACAAAUCUUGAUUCAUGUUAAUAUUUAAAAUGCUGUUUUACUCAGCUGUAAAUUUGUAUUUCUUUGAGUGGAUUUGUCUGUUAUUGAAACAAUGAAGUUUGGUAGUUAUUUGUGUUGUUUCUAUUGUUUUAUUUGAUUUGUAUACAUAUAUGUGUGUAGCUAACCUAAUACAUAUACUUGUAAAUACACAUAAAUACAUGUAGUUUUUUAAUUGCCUAUCACUUUGAAAAUGGUUUUUUGUCAAGUGACUCUCUAUAUAAUUAAAAAUGGCUUUCUCUCAUAAAACUAUUAUGCUGCAUCUUGCUCACCCAGUGAAUUGGUCAGUUCUUUAAAUAUUCCAGAGUUGUUUUUAUGUUAUUUUGUAAUAAAGGUCUUGAACUGUGCUUAGGUGUAAGCACAUGCUAAAUAAAAUUAAUAAAUACUAAA